CUAUGUGAAAUAUGUGAAGGGGUUAUAGAUUAACAUCAGAGAGAGACAGGCCUUCUUCCCUGAAACCACGUCAUUUUCUUCUGUAUGAUUGUUUAACUCAUUAUGAACAUUAUAAACACAGGAAACAGCUUGGAAGAAAUGAUUCUGAAAAUGGGCCAAUUUCUGGAUACUUGUGCGGGAAAAAUACAGAGCAAAUAUAAUUCUCCUGGAAAGGCCAAGCACAUGAUUUAUUUCCUUAAGAGAUGAUGGAGAAGAACAUUGUGGAACCACCAGAACUAGUGGUCUACUCCACCUGUGGGCACCUGCAGCACACGGGCAGAAAACCAGCUGGGAAAAACAGACGCGCGCUAAUGGAGCUGACGGAGCCGCAGGCUGAAGGGCAGUACGUGCUGUGUCGCUGGACAGAUGGGCUUUAUUACCUCGGGAAAAUAAAGAGGGUCAGUAACACUAAACAGAGCUGUCUGGUCACGUUUGAGGAUAACUCUAAGUACUGGGUCCUAUGGAAGGAUAUUCAGCACGCUGGGGUCCCGGGAGAAGAGCCUAAGUGUAGUGUUUGCAUGGGAAACGCAUCGGUUCCUCUGGAUGAAAUCCUUAUCUGUGCAAAGUGCGGCUUGGGCUUUCACCAAAAGUGUCAUAUUCCCAUCGUGGACUGUGAAAGCUCCCUGCUGGAUCCCUGGUUUUGCAGAAGAUGCAUAUUUGUUCUGGCCGUCAGGAGAGGAGGCGCUUUGAAGAAGGGUCCAAUUGCAAAGACACUUCAAGCAGUGAAAAUGUUUCUGACGUACGUCCCGGAGCAGCUAGACUGGGACUCAUCACACAGAACCAACCAGCAGCAGUGUUACUGCUACUGCGGCGGCCCUGGAGAAUGGUAUCUGAAGAUGAUCCAGUGUUACCGGUGCCUGCAGUGGUACCACGAAUCCUGUGUCCAGUGCUUUCAUGAGACUAUGAUGUUCGGAGACAGGUUUUACUUAUUUUUCUGCUCCGUUUGCAACCAAGGACCUGAAUUUAUUAAGCGCCUGCCCCUGAGAUGGGUAGACUUAGUGCAUCUUGCUUUGUAUAAUCUGGGCGUCCUCAGCAAAAAGAAAUAUUUUGAUUUUGAAGAGAUCUUAAACUUUGUGAAUCAAAACUGGGAAAAUUUGCAGCUGGGAAAGCUAACAGUUACUGCGCUAGAGGAGAGAGGUCGCCUUCUACUGGAUGCCUUAAACAGCUAUAAAAGCAGAUUCCUGUGUGGCAAAGAAAUUAAAAGGAAGAAAUUAAUCUUCCGCCUGAGAAUUCGUGUUCCCCCAAGUCCACCCGGAAAGCUCUUUCCAGACAAGUUAACAGGACAGGCUGAUAACAGGACAGCAGAUCUGAAGAGGAGGAGAAGCAGAUAUUCUCAUAAGAGCAGUUUGAUUCCUCAUGACUGUCAGCGACAAAAAACAACCUCUACCCGAACGAAACAUUCCAAAUUUCUCCUAGAAGACGCUAUUCCCAGUAGCGAUUUUACCUCUGCGUGGAGCACAAACCAUCAUUUGGCCAGUAUAUUUGAUUUUACGCUGGAUGAAAUCCAGAGUUUAAAAAGUGCAAGCUCUGGACACAAUUUUACUUCUGAUUUGGAGUCUAUUGAUGCCGCCAGUACCGCAGGAUCUGCAUCUACCUGCUUGUCAUACGAGUCCCGAGAGAAUGUGGGAAGCCGGAAAAGAAAACUGAACUCCAAGAAUUACACAUCUUUCGAGCGAAGAGCGUUGGAUCACAUGUGUAGACCUAACAGCUGUGACACCGAAGCUAUUGAAUACGUCAGAGCGUCUGAUUUUCAAGAUAAUGGUAUUGAUAGCCACACCUUCGAAAGCAUCAGUGAGGAUGACACAUCGUUGUCCCACCUGAAAUCCUCCAUCACAAAUUACUUUGGUGCUGCGGGUAGGCUGGCUUGUGGGGAGAAGUACCAAGUGCUGGCCCGACGGGUCACCCCUGAGGGCAAGGUUCAGUACUUGGUAGAGUGGGAAGGAACUACUCCGUACUGACAACAAAAUGACCAAAGGAGAAUUCUGCAUGUUACAUGGCAGCGCUCCAGUGUGGGACCUCACCGAGGAAGACACAGGGAUGUGUAAUGAUUGUUUUUGUAGGUACUAACUGUGUGUGUAAUAGACACAUAACUGUGUAGUUUGGCACCUUGCUGCAGCUAGUACCAAAAGCACUUAUAACAGGGUACAGUAAUGACUUCUUUAUUAAACACAUAUGCCUGAAACUGACAUUUUAUGGCCACUAAUGGACCCCAAACCAGCUGUAUCUUCUCUUAGUGGGUAAAGGAGAAUGUGUUGUAGUUGCCUAGAUUGUAGAGUCACCAGCCUCCUUACUACAGUUGUAGUUAAUGACAUUUAUUAGGCAAUAUUAAAGGGACACUACCAUCCCUACAUCACACGCUUUUUCACAAUGACAUUUAUGUGAUCGUUCAACGGUUUAGACUUUUCCCAUAUUUGCCACAUCCUGUCUGCAUUAAGAUAUUAUCAGCAAGUCACUUUUUACCCCUUAUGGCGCACAUAUUGUGUUUGUCUGCAAGAUGGCAGCUAGCUAAGCUCGCUAUUCACGCGCCACAUAAACAGUGCAGGCGGUCGAGGUUGCAGUUUAUACCUCAUGAGUGGGACGACUUGUGUUAACUGAAUAUAAACCCUGUAUAAAUAACGUAACUCACUAAAGGAGAAUAGUGAUGUUACAGAUUUAUUAGCCAUCUUCUAGCUGAAUGUAUUUGCUCUUUCACUUUGAAGGGAAAUGAAGCCCUUGUUAAAGCACUUAGAUUUGUGUAUUGCACAAUUCAGCUGCCGGCCUAUUCAGGGUCUAUGCCAGUGCAUUAGGACAGGUGUGGAAUGGUUGUAACUGCAUUGCAGUCAAUUAGAACAUCUGCUUUCCAUUAUUGUUUUCUACUUGUCUUAAGGAACAAAAAACCUAAUGAUACUAGAAUGUUGUAUUAUUACAAAAGGGUUAAUCUCACAGUCUGAUAACACGGAGACGAUCUGAGAUCAGUAAAUAAUCCUGAUCGCUCUAUAGAGGGGGGAAGUUACUGCCGUUACAUAUUCUAGAGCAACAAUUUGCUGCAGUAAUGAAACAUUCUGUAUCAUUAUCAGCUCACGUGCCGUUAAUCGUAGGACUAGAUUACCAGUGGAAAGUAAGCGGGUGCGCUUGAGCACAAAUAGAAUUUGCACUCAUCCGGUUAGCGCGACUGGAGACUUGGUAUAAAGGGUAAGAAAAAACUACAUAAAUCGAAAUUGUUACACUCAUAUAUACACUAUGAUAACAAUUAUUCUCAUAAAUAUUAAUGCAAUGUUUUAUAGGAGUUAAAAGCUGUAUGGUAUAUGACAAAGUAUUUGACUAGAAAGGGCUAUAAUGUAUGUGUAUGUGUAUGGGUGUAUAUAUGUGUGUUUUAUAUAUAUAUAUAUAUAUAUAUAUAUAUAUACACCUGUCGCACAAAUACAUAUUGUGAUGGAUCCCCCGGCUACCCCGACUGGGUAUCUCCGCCCAACAGGUCCUGCUUCCUCCCUGCCGACUGCAGUUCUGUAGCUGGCAAGUGACCACAGCCUGUAGCCACCCCUGAUGCCCGACAGCACCAGUACUCAGGGUCCCACCCUGUAGCAGACUCCGGCUAUCCAGACUAGGUAGCUCUGCCAGAGGGUCCUUCCUCUGCCUGGAACAGGCUGCUAUGUAGCCCAGGAAAGUGAUUUUAGCUGGAGCCCACCCAAAUAACUAGACAUACUAGCAUUCAGGUGACACAGGAACUGAUUUUAUUUUAAAACACACUCCUUUUAUACACACAGCUCAUCUUGAUAAGACCCUGAACAAUCCCACAAUUUUCCCACCAUUCCCGCCCCUCCAGACAGACCGGCGCCUAUAUAUAUAUAUAUACCAUGCUUUAAAGCACUUUCCACUCAAAUACUUUAUGUGGAAAUAUGUAAAUAUUUAACAUAUAAAUAUUUUUACAUUCUAAUGUUUUCACUUUUUCUAUAUUUUUUCUAUAUAUUUUUUCUAUAUAUAUAUCUGUGUGUAUAUACAUAUAUAUUAUAUAUCUGUAUAUAUUCAUAUAGAUAUAGAUUUAAAUAAAUGAAUCGGAUAUAUUUAUAUAGAAAUAUAUAUUUAAAAAUAAAGAGAACAUUUUCUUCUAUGUAUGUAAAAUAUGCAUAAAUACCUUUUGGGUUUAGUGCCGUUGGUCUAAUGCGGUUUCGGGUUAGCGCGCGAGUAAUAAGUGUUAGGUUUUUUUCUUCAGCACACUCCAUUAUAGGAGAAGUUAACGUGGUUUCGAUAUAUCCGUAGUCUUUAAGUUAGCAAGCAUUUGGUUCUGCUCACGUGCAAACAAUUUACUUUCAACUUGUAAUAAGCGCUUACUUUGAGAGGUGUUUGUGUGCGAGUUAAAAAAAUAUCCUCUUGUAAUCUGGCCCUCAGCCGGAUAUAUGUGUUUAACCACCAGUAACCAGCCGUUAUAAACUCCAGGCUUUAACCAUGUACUUAAACACGUAGAGGCUCAUUUAUCACGCUCCGAAUGGAGCUUGAGGGCCCGUGUUUCUAAAGACCGCUGCUCCAUAACCUGCUCUGAGCAGGCGGACAGAGAUAACCACAAUUCAACCCGAUUGAGUACGAUGGGGUUGAUACCCCCUGCUGGCGGCCGAUUGGAGAGCUGCUGGUGCAAUGCUGAAUACGGAGAGCGUAUUGCUCUCUGCAUUCAGCGAGGUCUGUCGGAUCUGAUCCGCACUGUCGGAUCCGACAGACCUUUUGAUAAAUUGGCCUCAUAGUGUACGCAGUAGGGAUUUCCUUACAAUAACAUAUUAUUAUAGCUCUAUGUUUUACUGAGGAGCACAAACGUGUCUCAUUAAGUAGUGUAGAGGAUAUAUUUAAUAAAGGUACUGAAUGAUGAAUACAUUGACUUACAGGGAUUAUUCCUCGAUAAACAAAAGGUAACAAAACAGUUUAUGUAAUCAAUACAAAUAGAUUUGUUGCUUCUGGAGAACCCUGAUACAUUUUUUUCUUCUUAUAGAAUUAGUUUUGCACAUAAAUGUAAAAUAAGACCUUUUUAUUCUUUGGGAAUCUAUUUCUAAGCGUGUAAGAGCUGAACAUACAGAUUUGUUCAUUCAUAGCUGUUCUGACCAAUUAGAAAACACAGUGACUUUACGAGACCCUUCACCACCAGUAUUCCCAGCUAUCUGAAUACAUUUAAUUCACUCAUCCCUUACUCUUUAGCCAGUUUUUAAACGGUUACGUUUUUAGACAUUUUCAAUUCACAUUUAACAAACACGUCUACGACAUAGGGGCAUAUUUAUCAUUGUGCGAGUGGAGAUGAUACGAAGAAGUGUAUCAUGUCCGCCGCACAUCGAUAAAUGCCAACAGCAUACGCUGUCGGCAUUUAUCAUUGCACCAGCAGUUCUUGUGAACUGCUGGUGCAAUGCCGCCUCCUGCAGAUUCGCGGCUAGGGGAUGUCAAUCAACCCGAUCGUAUUCAAACGGGUUGAUUUAUGUCCGUGAUCUCAGAGCAGGCGGACAGGUUAUGGAGCAGCGGUCUUUAGACUGAAGGCUCGCGGCAACAAGGGGCAUCAGGCUCCGUACGGAGCUUGAUAAAUUUUCCCCAUAGUAUGUUAAAAAGUUACAAAUAUUGGUCAAAUGAAAUGUGUUCACAUUCGUGUGUAUAUUUAUUUCUUUUUUUCAAUUAAGUGUCGGGAUGUUUUUAAAAUGUUUAAUAAAUUUGAACACAAAAAUAAUAUUAAAAUGCUAAUUGUACACAGGUCAGGAAUUAAUAUUAACAGAUAAGUAAAUAAAAUCUGCAUUAUUAAAUUAUUUGUCACCACAAUUAGCCUUUCACUAGCUGCUGAUGCGGUGUAGGUGCUGUUUGAGUGUAAGAAUAACAGAUUACCAGUUGCAUCACAUGCGCAAAUUUGAGCGGCUUAACUAAUUCAAACUGAUGUGGUAAAAGUUGAUUGGCGUGUCACAGAAAAGGGAAAAAAAGACCUCAGUAUCCUUGUUUUUCACAACGUAAAUGCUAAUGAACUGCUGAACAUAUUACUGAAAUAUAAGUCUGUCUACAUCUGACAUUAUAGUCGCUAUUUAACAUGUUUUUGUUUAAUCACGUUGCACAUUAUCUCUAGAAGUGCUUAGUAAAGCCAGUGCACAUUCGUUUUAAACUAAACGCACAUACGUCAGCUAAAUGACCAGAGUAAAUGUUUUCUACACUAAAAUUAGCUGAGUCAACUAAGCCUCUGUAAAGUCAUUAAAAAAUAAAUAAUACUUUAAGCAUCCUGUAUUGUCACUUUGCAGAUCAGAUUUAGCGCUGACAACUUUAGGAAUCGACCAUUUCAUAAUCAACAAAUCCUACAGCAAACUGAUAGUUUUACAAUUUGAUACCGUUUGGUACAACACAAUUCUUCACACAAAUGACAUGCUCCGAUUCAUUAUAGCAUGUCCCCUACGGUCGGGUUAAACGCACAGUAGCAGUGCCACUCAGUACCUGUAGCGCACUACACAAACAUUUAACUCCUACUUUUUUAAAUACAUUGUAGAACAUUUUUGAGUACAUUGUCCCUUAAAAAUGGUCUCUGCACAGUUUCUUACUAAAACACUGAAGAGCUCCUUUACAAACAAUUUCUUGCAGACACUUGAGAAAAAACAACUUUUAAUAUAUAUUUAAAUACCAUUAUAACACUGCUGUAUAGGUUCCUCAGGCUCUGCAGCUACUGCCACGCCUCCGCAGAGCUUUAUCACAUAAAUAUUUCCUGGAAAAGAAAACAGAAGGGCCCUUGAUAGUAAAGAACGUUAUUAUUAAACAAUUAGCUUUUCAUGUAAAAUAUAUGUAACAUUCCAUGUAGUUAAUGACACUUUUUUAUUGCCCAUUGUAUCGUACUGUGCUUUAACUAGAAAGCUCACCUAUCCAUUUGUUAACAAAACAGUUCCAUAAGGCUUAGUUUUACCAUAAUAUGGGGCUGAUUUAUCAAGCUCCGAAUGGCCCCUGAUGCAACAGUUAUGAAGCAGAGGUCUUAAGACCGCUGCUCCAUAACUCGUCCGCCUGCUCUGAGGCUGCGGACAUUAAUCCGUCUGAUCUCAUACAAUCGGGCUGAUUGACACCCCAAAUCUGCAGGGUGCGGCAUUGCACAAGCACUUCACCAGAACUGCUUGUGCAAUGAUGUCUGUCGGACAUGAUCCGCUGAGCGAAUUAUUUCAACAAACCGAUGAUAAAUCGGCCCCUAUGUAUUGGGACAAAAAAUGUUUUAACCGCAAACUCCAUAAGUAAAUCAUUUGGCACUUACCCCUUUUUCCUUUAACCUACACUAUAAUCACAACUCUUUUAUACUGACAGCUUUAUAUAAGGGGGCAUUUGUGUAUUGCUUAGCUAACAAAGAUAUAUACGUUUCUUAUAUAUAAAUAUGUAUUAAAUAAAUAAAUAUAUAUAUGUGUGCAUAAGAAUAUAGAUUUAUAUAUGAACACACUUGCAUAAAAAUGUUUUAAAGAAAAUAUAGUUGUUUGUUUAUACAGAGAUUCCUAAUUUUAUAUCCUGUAUUAGUUAUUUUAUCUAAUAAAGUAACGUUUAUUUUAGAGAAUGCAUUAAGCCUGAUAUUUAACGAUUGUAAUCACAUUUGAUCAUAGUAAGAGAAUUUUACUACUUUGCUGCUAAAUUUCAUCUCCUUCACCAAAUCAGCUUUAUGUGAAAGAUUACAGACAGGCAGCAGACUGUAAUGAAUUCGCCCCAUGAAGCAGAACUCCAAAGGUUUUUAUGGAGAUGAAGGCUCUGACAAUCAAUAUAUAUUAUAUGUAGAGUCAGAAAACAUCCUUGUUUGCACCAGUGCUGAUUUGUAGCUGAAAAUGACGUUGCCAUACUGUAUACACAGUAAAAUAGUGACGUGCCAGUGUAUUGGCUAAUUAGAGUUUUUACAUUUUCACAUGCCAGCGUUCAAUCAAGUGCACUCAUAGCAUUCCAGAAUGUGCCCGCCUCAGUGCCAACUACAGAACAGAGGGGGUGCAGAGGAUUAAUUGUCAGCAUGGGAAAAUGUCUUAUCGGAAACUGUAUUAUCACUGCAGUUCUUUUAACAUUCCUAUAGACUGCCAACAGAAUUGUGCCAGGGCUUUCAAUGCUUUAGAAUUUGUAGUGUGCUAAGGGACACUCCAAGCCAAAAACCUAGAUAUGCUUUAUGCAUCAGUGUUUUAUACGCUGUCUCUGUUCCGAGAUGGCAUUGCCUUUUUAUCAUGUUAGCAGUGAUCUUAUAUGACAAAAUGCACCUGCGGUCUGUCUAAGAAGACACACUGUUUCAUAUGUUGGUGCUCAGAGUAUAUCUAGGUAUACUCUAUGUGCCUGUGCACAGUAAAAGCUAAAACAAAUUUAUUGCAAAAGUGCCUCUAUUAAAAAUUGGUAUGCACUGAUAUGCACUAUAAUUUUGGCUGAAAUGUUGGUUUAAACUUUGGGCAACCAGAUAUACAUUAAGCAACAUUGUUCCAGCUCUCUAGCGUUACAUGAAUACUAAAAACUUGUUGCAUUACAAAGAAUGAGUCUAAGUACAGAUGAAAAGUACUCUAUAUUGUUGUAAAAGAAGUGUCAUAUGAUCUUAACCCAUGCGAUGUACAACUAAACAUUAUACAGACGUCUUGUUCUUUGCUUGUGCUAUUUGGGAAGACAUGAUAUGUAUUAGUGCACCUCACAGAUAACUGUAAUGUCACUUGCUGGGUGGCAUUUGAGGGAAUUGAUUUUAAGGCAAGAGGGAAUUCUAAAAACAUUUCGAUAAAUAGAAUAUUUUCUUUCUGAUCUCUAGCACUUUUGCCAAUAAAAUAUGCCACUUUUACCUUUAAAUCAACCCCCCCUAAUGUACUAAUCACAUUACUGGAAGGUUCUUGACUAAUGUUUAAUAAAUCUGACUUGUUGACUUUGUACAACCUCUGUCUCAGUGGAGACAUUUUUGGCGCAUUAUAAAAUCUGCACUAUUGCAAUUAGAUAAAUAAAGUGAUCAAAUACAAAA